AUGGGGAACGCAAGCAAUAGCUGGAAAUGCCUAAAUUUGAAAAACUACAACCAUGCAAAACGUACCAAAAGGGCCAGAUACUCACGCCCAUGUGACAAAUGUGCUCAAACAAAGGUUAAAUGUGAUACUCAGCUCCCUUGUUCGAGGUGUGUGAAAAGGAACAUUCCUUGUACCCUCAGUAGGUUCGAAAGUAAACCGGAAACGAUCACUAAGGAUUCAAAUUUGAGUAUCGCGGAACUUAGAGUUGUAAAGCUGCGGAAAACUCUCGGAAACACCAUCGCUAUAGGACGAUUGAUACCUUUUCUUCACAUUUACAAGUCGUACUAUUACGGAAAUUGGCCCAUUAUUCCCGUGAAGUCACUUUUACGGAGAGCGUUUUUGAUAGCAAGUGACCCUAUUGAAGCUACAACUGAAAACAUACUAUGCUACUCUCUUCUAUGUGCAGUUGCUGCCGCUGUUUCGAAUCAGCUCACCUUCUUGAACUCCGAGAAUCCUAUAAACUUUAAACUCAAUGGAGUAGAUCCUGCCGUGUUCGCUGAUGAGGCCAUUAGAAUAAGAAACAUGAUAAAUUUUAGGGCAUUACAGACAAUGGACAAUGUCCUUAUCUCGUUUCUGUUGUACAUUUACUACGUUAAUAUUCGAGGUGGAAUGUCCUGUGGUCUCAUGUACAUGAAGGAAGCUAUAAACUUUACCCAAUUGAUGAAGCUACAUGAUCCAAAAGUAUACAAAUCAAAAUCGCCUCGUGAAAUCCACAUCUUGACAAAAUUUUACUACAUGCUCCUCAUAUCUGAAAGAUACAUGUGUAUCGAGGAAAAUCUUCCUGUUUGCUUGGAACACUCAAUCCCACUCCCAGUCGCCGAAGAUGAUGACGAUCCUGUUCGGAUGAGAGGCUUCAUUGAACUUGUCAAAAGUUUUGCAGCCCCAAAUAGAAGCUUCUUUGAUACUCUAGUGAAUUACUAUUCUAACGGGAACAUCUCCCACAGCUCUUGGGUUCCAAAACGUCCGUGGAUAGUACAAGUUCAAGAAAAUUUAAACAGUAUAGAGUUCGCUCACGCCUCAGGACAAACGCAGUACAUGAAUGUGAUGUCGUCCAAGCACUGGAUGCGUUCAUUGGUAUGGAAUAUUAGUUUGCGGUCUCAUAUUUUACUGGAGUGCUCUGAACAUGGUUCGCUUACGUUUGCGUAUCCCGUUUGCAUAGCUAGUGAUUUCUUAAACGAUACAAAAGAUUGCUCAGACUUUGCAUUUGAAUCGAACGGACCGGGCUUAUGCGUGAAAAUCUUGGAAAUUGCCAACGGAGUAGCAGACUCUAUCAACCAGACAAACAAUAUUGCAUAUAUUCCAAUUCUUCAAGCAAUAUUUGACCUUGUCUCAAAAUACAGAAAUGACAUUGCCAUGCCCCAAAACAUAUACACUAAGGUCCAGAAUUUUCUCUUAUUGAAAUCUCGUUACACAACGAAGGCGCUCAACUUGGGCAAUGACGAAGAGCUUCGAAGCGCCUUUAGCAUGAAAUGCAGCAAUGACACUCGACUACCUACACUUAGUAUGUCGCCGGAGGGCCUGUUUCAUGAUACGAAGUACAUCAAAAGUUUUGAAGAGAACAACGACCGAAUAGCUGAAGAGAAAGAGCUUAAAGCCAUCACAUAUGAGAGCGAUGAUGAGAUACCAGGUGAUAAAACUUUAUGA